AACAAUAAAAUGCAGUGUGAUGUCUAUGGCGUUUGUUGGACUAAAAUAUGAACCCAUGAUUAAAUGUAUAAUUACAUAAUCUAUUUCGCGUAACAUUUUUAGUUGGUAAUCCUUAUCCGUUUCCUGACUCAUGGUUGUGGUAUCACAAACUCUCGGUUCGCGCCCUGCCUAUGUCGCUAUCGUCUGUCUGGCUUUUUGUGCAGGCCACAAAAAUGAAGAGAGCCUUAAUGUGGGCAGUAUGAGUAAGACGCCCCCUAACAGAAGAGGGAUAUCUUUUGAGGUGGGAGCUCAGCUUGAGGCCAGAGACAGCCUCAAAAACUGGUAUGCUGCCAACAUAGAGAAGGUUGACUACAAAGGGGAAAAAGUACUAGUACAUUACCGCCAGUGGAGCCACCGUUACGACGAAUGGUUUGAGUGGACUAGUCCUUACCUUAGACCCGUGGAGAGGGUUCAGCUGAGGCGCCAGGGCCUGCAGGACGACGCUCCUGUACCUUUUUCCCCAGAUCGAAUAUCUCUGUCCUCUCUUCAGGGCUUUCAUGUGAAUGACAAGGUCCUGGCCAGCUGGUCUGACUGCCGCUUCUACCCCGCCAAGGUUAUUUCAGUCAAUAAAGAUGCAUCCUACACUGUGAAGUUCUAUGAUGGCGUUAUCCAGACAGUGAAGGAAAUACACGUGAAGCCUUUUAUUAAAGAGAGAGGAGGUGUUGGUGGAGGAAAGUCUCGGUCCUCGGAAAGAAACAUGGUUAGGAGGGCCCCGAGCCGCAGAGACAGGAGACCUCAGGAGAACGGAGGUCCAAAGAACAAGCGAGCCAGACGCAGCACCUCCGACCAGGAGGAGGACAGCAACAGUGAGGACGAGGAGCGGGAAGAGGGGACAAUAAACGAAAAGAACAAGAAAACAAACGGCGAGGUAGAUCCUGCACCAACUAUCAAACAGGAAGAGGAAAUAUCAGAGCAAGAGGACCAGAACAAGCCUAGGGAUGUAGAAAAAGGGACAGUUCUUACAAAUGGUGUGAAGGUAGAAGAAGAAGAUGAUGACAAAAACGUGGAAAGGUGUCACGUAAAUGGAGAGGUGAAGAAGGAAGAGGUGGAAACAGAACAAAGUGGAACAAAGCCAUAUACUGAGUCGCCCAAGCCAUACACAGACUUUCCCACUCAGACGUCAUCACAGAUUGAGCAGGUGCCUGUCACUAUGACAACCACAGAAACCAAUGGAGAUGUGGAGCAGAAGCCAAAUGUCCAAUCAGAAAGCUCUCAGCCUGCUGUGGACGCACCACCUCCCCAGCCUGUGAAACCGGUGAGGAAGCAGGGUUUCCACAACCCGAACAGAUUCAGCAGAGAACCACUAUACCGAGUCAUCAAAAACCAACCUCCCCCCGUCCUGUCCAUCAACCUCGACCACAACCCGUUUAAGUGCAGCGCUCCCGGCUGCACAAAGUCAUUCCGUAAGGCAAAGCUGCUGCACUACCAUAUGAAAUACUACCAUGGCGAGGAGCAGCCCCCGGAAGGUGAGCGUAGCCCAACCAGGAGUGUCCAGACCAGGGCGUCUGAGAAACAGGCUACUGGCACUGGUUUGGACGGGCCCAAGAGAAGGCGAACCAUCUCUGCCUCUAUGCACUCUGUUGGGCCUGCUGCGGCUCCCCGUGGUGAGGUGAAGACUGCAGGCAGGCGCACAUCAGCCCCGCCUGCAGUCAACACCCAGGGCCAUCAGCAGAGGGCACUGCUGAGGGAGAAGAGCAAAGAGAACCAGCUGGACAGGAACGGAUGCCAGCAGCAGGACAAGGACUCAGACAAGAGUGGCUUUGACAUUGGGUCAGUAAAAGACAAACUGAAAGAGAAACCGAAACAGAAGGACUUCCUCCGCAUUAAACUAAAGAAGAAAAAGAAGAAAAAGAAGGCCAAGUCUGACUACACAGGUAGUGAGGAGAAUAUUGACAUCUCAGUAUUGGGUCUUCAGUCCAAAUUGAAUUUGCCACUCAAAUCCCCCCCCUCACACAAUCACAAGCCUGAGGCCUACCCCAGCAGGCCUGGAUACAGCUACUCACAGCAGAUACAUGUGGAUGACGAUGAUAGCAUCAGUGAUUGGUCCACUGACAGCUGUGGGUGGAGCGAUGAUGACUUUGGGGUGGAUUUGGACGUGACCACACCUCCCCUGAGUGUGGACUCCGGUGCUGUGGAUACAAAUGACCAAGAGAUAGUACGAUGUAUCUGUGAGGUGGAGGAAGAGAAUGACUUCAUGAUUCAGUGUGAAGAUUGUUUGUGCUGGCAGCAUGGCACCUGCAUGGGCCUGCUGGAAGACAAUGUUCCAGACCGAUACACCUGCUACAUUUGCAGAGACCCACCAGGUCAGAGACAGAGUCUGCGCUACUGGUAUGAUCGUGAGUGGUUAAGCAAUGGUCACAUGUAUGGCUUGUCCUUCCUGGACGAGAACUACUCUCACCAAAACGCCAAGAAGAUCACCACCACCCACCAGCUGCUGGGAGAUGUGCACCAUGUGGUAGAGAUCCUCAACGGACUGCAGCUCAAGAUGAGUGUCCUACAGAGCAAUACUCACCCAGACUUGCAGCUGUGGCGGCAGCCCUGGAAGCAUCUAGAGAGGUCACGGCCAGCCUCUGACUCGUGUCGUAGCAGUGAUGCAGCUCCCUCUCCUGUAACUCCAGACGAGGACAUGAGCCGAGGGGAAAUAUUAAUGUCCAACGCUCUGGAGAAACUCAGCCGGGCUGCUACAGCUGCCACCUCCUCUUCGUCCUGCUCCUCCUCCCCCUUCCCAUCCUUCCAGGACUCUUACAUUACCAGUGAACAUUGCUACCAGAAACCGCGGGCAUAUUACCCCGCAGUGGAGCAGAGGCUGGUGGUGGAGACCCGACAGGGCUCAGAGCUGGAGGACAGCAUGAGAAGCACAGAGGAACUGUUGGAGCGAGAGCAGCGAUACGGAAGCCUGCUGGAGACGGACAAGCCCAAAUCAACAGGAACCAGUAACAAGGCUUCAAAGGGUGGCUCUUGGUCCCAAGCUGAGACGAGAGAUGAGGGUGAAAGAGAUCCUGGAGAGGCUGCAGACAACAGCAGGCAGCACCAACAGAGGCAGAUCAACCUGCUGGAUCACAUAGAUGCAGUUCAGGAUGAGGUCUCGCACAGGAUGGACUUCAUUGAGAGGGAGUUGGAUGUGCUGGAGAGCUGGCUGGACUACACCGGGGAGCUGGAGCCUCCUGACCCGCUGGCCCGUCUGCCUCAGCUCAAACACCGCAUGAAACGGCUGCUGACACAGCUGGGCAAGGUGCAGCAGAUCGCCCUGUACAGCUCCACAUGAGGGCGCCAGAGAACAGCAGCAGCAGUGUCAGUCCCCACACAGCAUGCAGCAGUGCAGCGGAGGAAGCUCACUGGGUUCAAGCUGCAAAGAUAACAAUAUUAAUGCAAAUGCAAGAUUGUUCAGCACAUUCUGUCUGACCUGACUUCUGCAGCUGUGUCUCCUUUUCAAGGUUCUGUGUGGUGGAAUCCGAUGCUACAGCCAGCCAGUGUCAUAUAUUAAUUUGUAUAUGAACAUGUUUGGAAAGUCGGCAUCAUAAAUCAGGAUUAAACACAAAAAGUAACCUCGUAAAUGAAGGAGAGAAUCCUUAGGACCAGAUUACACUUCUGUGGUUCCCAUGCAACUCCAAACCUUAUGAAUGCCUUUUGUCUGAGCUACUGCAUAAGGUUGCCCUGUCCUUCUCAGUACACAGUGCUUUACAUGCAGAAGCUUUAUAUUCCAAAUUGCAAUUGAGUUUCUGAACCUACACAGCCUCUUUUGCAUUAUUUUUUUUGAACAUGUUUUCAAAUGGUCACAGGUUUUGCAUCAACAAUGUCCCAAAGUUUAAUUUCCGGUCACUUGCCAUGCUGCAUUAAAACUUGUGCUGUAAGUGCGGACAGACAGUAACUUGAAGACAUCCAGUUUGUGAGGACAAGCAGUCAUUACAAAUAAUUUGUUCUGUUUGACCUUGUCAAGGCUUUGUUUUAUACUACACUGUGAAGUUAUUUUUGUCUGGAAUCAAAGGCAUCUUAUUUUUCAGUUUUAGAGACGUAACAAGUGUGAUUUUUGUUUUGUCUUAAACUGUAAUGUUUCUUUUCUAACAAUCCUCUCAUCCGUGCCCCAGUUUUAUCAUUUAAUCUUUGUGUUUGUCAGUUUUCUUGUACCUUACUUCAAUUUACUCCUUGCAUUGUCGUUGCUGUAGCACUUGACCCAUGAUUCACUGAAAACUGUAACGUGGACUUGUCUUUUCUUAAUCUAGCAUCUUGUGCUUUGUCAGUGACAAAUACUACUUAGACCUGUAAAUUUAUUUUCAUUUAUUUUCUGUUCUUUUUCAUCUGUUAAUUUACAGUAUUUGGCUUGUAUGUAAAUAUGUUAUUCAAACGUGUGCUCUUUAUUGAAAACAUUCUCUGAACUCAUAUAUAUUGUAUGCUACUGUACUGUAAGUGUCUGGCUUACAAGCAGGGAAAUGUCAAAAACAAUGCAAACAGAUUUGCUGGUACAUAAAUAAACUAUCAUUGUUAUUAAUCAC